UACUUUUAACCGGAUUUUUUGAGCAAGUCACGCCUAGGUUCUAAUUCUAUCAUCGUCCCCAAAACUUCCAAAUUUCUUAAACCCUAGACAAAUCUACUGUACUGAGACUGACUAUCACAGACAUGGGUAACUUCUGGUCAUGGAGCAAAGAACCACCACCGCCUAUGGUGUUGGUCCCGCCGCUCUUCGACUUUCCACCGCUUGCUGCUCGCACCAGGAUGUUAGAGUCGCCUUAUAACCUUUUAUUUGGGAAGCUCGCUUUAAGAUGCCUUUUUGAUGAUUAUUUUGAAGUUGCAAAACAUUUUAGUACUAAACUUUUGCUUAAGCCCACUGAUGAUCCUCAUGUGGAUCUAACUGCUACUGUUUCAGGUCCACUUGACUCAGAUGCCAAAGAGACAAUUAUUGGCAAUGCAUUAUUUCGCUUGCAAAGUGAUAUUGAUGAUCCUCACACCUUUGCUGACCUAUUUGUAUCCAGUUCUGAUCCGAUUUUACUCAUGAGAGCAUGUGCAUACUAUCCAAAAUACGGGCUGGGAGCAUUUGGUAUUGUUCCCGUGCUUCAAAAGAAGAGAUCGUCUUCAGAAGAUUAUGGUAUCAUUGGUUUGAGAUACGGGUCAUCCAAUAUAUCACUUGGAGCCACACUUAUGCCAUAUUCAUUGAGAGAUGAAUUUCCUAAAUCUGCAUGGUUGGUCAGCAAGAUAGGAAGGUUAACUGUUGGUGUGCAGUUCGACCCUAAAUUUGAAAAGAAGGAAGAUGCAAGAUAUAGAAAUUUAAAAAAUUGGAGUUACGCCAUAGGCUAUGGGCUUGGAACCGGCAGCCCGUUGAGCCCGUCAUUCAAUUUUGGUCUUGAACUUGCACAAAAUUCACAGUUCAUAGCCUCCUUUUAUCAACAUGUGGUGGUCCAAAGAAGGGUGAAGAAUCCUCUUGAAGAUAAUGAAGUUGUUGGAAUCACAAACUAUAUAGACUUUGGGUUUGAGUUGCAAACAAGAAUUGAUGAUGAAAAGACAUCAAACAACAUUCACGAUUCAACCUUUCGUGUUGCUGCAUCUUGGCAGGCCAAUAAGAACAUCUUGGUCAAGGCAAAAGCGGGGCCCCUAGGUUCAUCGUUCUGUUUAGCCUUCAAGUCAUGGUGGAAACCUUCGUUCACUUUUAGCAUGUCAGCUAUAAGAGAUCGGACGGUUGGAAAAACAUCGUAUGGAUUUAGUGUUUGUGUUGACAAUGUUAGAGAAGCAAGUUAUCAGAGGGCCGAUCCGAAUUUUGUAAUGCUGACACCGAACAAGGAGCAUCUAGCGGAGGGGAUUCACUGGAAAACUGGGUCCAGGACAUUGCUGCAAUCCAAUGUAGAUUCUGGCAACUUUGAUGGAGUUCCGAAGGAACUCAGACCCUUGGGUAGAAUCUUAUGAUCUUUUAUUAUUUGCGUUUGUUUAGGGGGGAGUAAUCCCAGUGCUGUACUCGUUGCCAUUUGCCGAGGCCUAGUUGCCAAUUGCCAACUUAACUUUUUCUACUUUAAAAAAGAAAUGUAAGGCUUAACUCAUCAUGGAGAAUCAGUAGCGCCAUAAUAACGAAGGAUAAACUAAAAAAUA